AUGACCGCACUCGGCGAGGCCGUAGCUCAGGGCUCCCCCGUCGCUACACGGCCACAGCAGCUCUACAGCCGGCCAGCUCGCUCGAUUCGGCACUUGGUUCUCAGCUCAUUUGGCGUGUCUCUAGUGCAACCAGAAACUGACAUGAAUUUGACACCUGGGAACAGCAAUGUAACCGUAACCGCUUUGAAUUAUCGGGACACAUUUGCUGCAGCUGUUGGCAAGAAUGUGACUGUUGUCGUUCUCGGCAUCACCAUCAACUACAUCAAUGCCACCAUGAUCCACACAUUCAACAAGCAUCAUAUCUUCAAGCUGAACCCUCGCUAUAUCCUUUUUAUCCACCUGGUGACGAAUGACAUGAUCCAGCUGACAACCAGCAUUUCCCUCUUCAUCUUGGCCUACAUUUUCCGGACGCUCUACGUCCCCUUCUGUGUGAUUCUCAUCUUGCCGACCAUCUUCACCACACAAAACACUCCUCUGAACCUGGCCUUCAUGGCGGCAGAGUGCUACAUAUGUGUGUGUAUUCCACUACACUACAACUACAUAUGUACGGUCAAAAGAACAUAUAUUGUAAUUGGUAUAACCUGGCUGUUGAGUUCCCUUUCUGCCCUGCCAGAUGUCUUCAUCCUCUUGGCCACUGAACAGCUGCAGUUCUUACAUUCAAGAGUUUACUGCAGCAGGGACAGUGUGUUCAGGAGCAAUCACAGUAUAAAGAAGAGGGAUGUGUCCAACAUUUUGUUUCUGGUCGUGGUUUGGCUCACGCUUUUCUACACUUACUUCAGAAUUAUAUUUGCGGCUAAAGCUGCUAAUGCAGAUGCUAAAAAGGCAAGAAGCACCAUCCUGCUUCAUGGAUUUCAGGUGCUGUUGUGUAUGUCGGUCUAUGUGCAACCAAUGUUGAUCCAGUUCCUUGUAUCCUUAGUCCCUGCUGCACUACAUUCUAUAAACUUCUCCAGUUACAUCAUAUUCCAAAUCCUUCCUCGCUUUGUAAGUCCUAUUGUCUACGGGUUACGUGACAAGACUUUCAGAAUGUAUUUGAAAAGGUAUCUGUGUAUUGUUAACAGCGUUCACACUGAAGAAGCCAUCUUAAAAUAGCUCUAGAAAUAUUUGCCAUCAUGUAGCCGUAUAAUGUAGCAUUUAGUCCCUUCUGACAAUA